AUGGGCAAACGCGCGACCCUUCUCGAUCCUCCAGCUCUGGACGAGUCCAAGGCUCCAAUCGAAAAUGUGCUUGAUCUGACGACGGUUGUGGAUCUCGGGCCUGAUGUCUUCACAAACACUCGCCCGCUAUGGCAUCCUCCCGGUGCUCGCGGCAUCUACGGCGGCGCCGCCAUCGCCCAGUCCCUCUCUGCCGCCAUGCGCACCGUCCCGUCCGACUUUGCCGUGCACAGCAUGCACUGCUAUUUUGUUCUCGCCGGCGAUUCCGAAAUCCCCAUUCUCUACCACGUUGAGCGGGUCCGCGACGGCCGCAGCUUCAUCACUCGUACCGUGCAGGCGCGGCAACGAGGGCGACCGAUUUUCACCACGACACUUAGCUUCAGUCGAGUCGGCAGCGGCGGCGAAAAGACCCUUGAUCAUGCGGUGCCCAUGCCGCAAGUUCCUCUCCCGCAGGAUCUGGUGCCUGGAACCGUCGAAGCUUUGAGCAACUCGGGAAAUGGGCCAUUUGAGUCUCGAAAGGCGGGCAUUGUCAAUCGAACGGCGGCCAACCCUGGCGAUAAACGGGUGCGCAGAUUCGUUCGCGCCCGUGGCCACAUUUCGCAAGAAGGUGGCUUUCAGGCACACCUGUCAACACUGGCCUAUGUCACCGACAGCCACUUCAUCGGCACCAUUGCACGCGUCCACGAUCUGCCCCGCUUCUCCUCUCCCCACGAGCUCCAAAUGAUGCUGCAGGCGUUGAAGAACCCGUCCGACCUCGACGACGAGGAUAUCACCAAGGCCUUGCGGGAACUCAAAGAAGAAGAGGCGGCCGCCUUGCGUCGCAAAUUGCAGGGAGCUUUGGACGAUGCGACCCAGGGUCAGAACAGGGACCGAAAUGAGCUCGGUAUGAUGGUCAGCCUGGAUCACUCUAUUUACUUCCAUAACCCGCGCGCUUUCCGAGCCGAUGAGUGGAUGUUGAUUGAAAUGGAGAGUCCGUGGGCGGGUGAGGGCCGUGGGCUGGCUAUUCAGAAGAUUUGGUCGCAGGACGGCACGUUAAUUGCCACGUGCACUCAGGAGGGUGUCGUGCGCUUAAAGCAAGAUAAGGCUCCCAAGUCAAAGAUCUGA